AUGGGCUUCAGUUCAGGGGACGAAAUACAUAUUUUGGUCUUACUUCUUGCUGCAACACUUGCCAAUGCUACUCCAGAUCAGCAGCAGACAAUGCUGGGUGAGAAUCUGUAUUCCCUAGUAGAACAACUGGAGCAAGAUGUUGAUGCUAAGGUGACAGGGAUGAUUUUGGAAAAGGACCUGAUCGAGCUGUCUUUGAACGACAACCUUGUCUCUUGA